CCACUUCACCACCAUCUACAUCGAAUAGGCAAAGCACUCUCCCCGCGAUGCCCUCAUUGUCCAAAUCUAGAUGAAACCGUAUCACACGUCCUCCUCGACUGCCCAUCCUACCGCCGUCAUCAUCAUGCACUAGUCGAAACACUUGGACGGAAAGCCUCCUCCUUGCCCCCCCUAUUAUCCAAUCCGAUAGCCACCCAUCCACUCGUUCGAUUCCUCAAU